CUCAGACCAGUCUUCCAAUUUUGGGCUUUUCUCGUUUUUUUGUUCGUUUUUUCUUUUUCAUUUCAAUGAGCAGCCCAGACAACAUUCUGCCGCCCAAGUUUGCGGAUCUUCUGGCCAUUGAUCCCUCGCUGGAGCCCUUUCGCGAUGUGAUUUCGCGUCGGUACUCGGCGUACCAUCGCUACGCAUCGACCAUCGAGCUGAACGAGGGCGGCCUGCUCAAGUUUGCGCAGGGCUACACCAAGCUGGGACUGAAUCGGAUUCAAAUUGCUCAACCUCGCUCGACCAGUGCGACCAGUGCCACCAGCGCCACCAGUGCGUCCAGCGAGGUCAAGCACCACCAAGAUGGAACGAACGCAAUCGUCUACCGCGAGUGGCUGCCCGGUGCCAAGGCCGCCUGGCUCACCGGCGAUUUCAAUGGAUGGAAUCGACGCUCGCACCCGCUCGUGUUGGGCGAGUUUGGAGUUUGGCAACUCGUUCUGCCAGACAAGGCAGACGGCUCAUCCGCCAUUCCACACGGGUCUGCAUUGCAGCUGCAUUUAGAACUUGCCAACGGCUCGUUCGCAGACCGCAUUCCUGCGUGGUCACCGUACGUAGUUCAGCCAGAACACACACCAGUCUACGAAGCGCGGUACUAUCAACCGGCUCAGCCGUAUGUCUUCCGAAACGCGCGACCCGCCGUUCCCCAUGCAUUGCGCAUCUACGAAGCACACGUUGGCAUUGCGUCCACCGAGCCGCGCGUCGCCAGCUACGCGCACUUUACCGACUUUGUCCUGCCUCGAAUUGCGGGACAAGGCUACAACUGCAUCCAGCUGAUGGCGGUCAUGGAGCACGUCUACUAUGGGUGCUUUGGCUACCAAGUCACCAACUUUUUUGCUGCCUCGAGUCGGUUUGGUCCUCCGGAAGAUUUGAUGCGCCUCAUCGACACGGCCCACGGGCUCGGUUUGAUUGUCCUGCUGGAUGUGGUGCACAGUCACGCAUCCAAGAACGUCCUGGACGGGCUGAGCUACUUUGACGGCACCGACCACGGCUACUUCCAUGCAGGCGGCAAGGGCCAGCAUCCGCUCUGGGACAGUCGGCUCUUCAACUAUGGUAGCUGGGAGGUGUUGCGCUUUUUGCUGAGCAACCUUCGCUGGUGGAUUGAAAAGUAUCGGUUUGAUGGCUUCCGCUUUGACGGCGUGACCAGCAUGCUCUACAAGCACCACGGCAUCGGCACAGGCUUCUCUGGCGGGUAUCACGAGUACUUUGGAACCGAGGUGGAUGAAGAGGCACUCGUCUACAUUAUGCUGGCCAAUGAUUUGGUGCAUCGGCUUGGCGAAGAGAUUCUCCCGCAUGAGCAACCGACGCCUCCUCGUGCGGACUCCAAGGCUGCCUCGGCCCUUCCCCGUCUCAUUACAAUCGCCGAAGAUGUUUCUGGUUACCCGGCCAUCUGUCGACCUGUCGCAGAAGGCGGCCUCGGCUUUGAUGCACGCCUCGGGAUGGCCAUUCCCGACAAGUGGAUUAAACUGCUCAAAGAACAGUCGGACGACUCUUGGAACAUGGGGGACAUAUGCUUUACUUUGACCAAUCGUCGUUGGCGUGAAAAUACAAUCACGUACGCUGAAAGCCACGAUCAAGCCUUGGUGGGCGACAAGACAAUUGCAUUCUGGCUCAUGGACAAGGAAAUGUACACAUCCAUGUCCGUCUUGUCCGCACCGUCCGCCAUCAUUGAUCGAGGCAUCGCCCUCCAUAAGCUCAUUCGCGCACUAACGUUUGGACUGGGAGGCGAAGGCACGCUCAACUUUAUUGGCAACGAAUUUGGCCAUCCAGAGUGGCUGGAUUUCCCGCGCGAAGGCAACAAGAACAGCUACCACUAUGCACGUCGACAAUGGAACCUUGUGGAUGACCAGCUGCUCAAGUACCGUUUCUUGAACGAGUUUGACAGGGCCUUCAAUCAGCUUGAGAGCGCGUCGCGCUUUUUGACCGCAGACAAUACGUUUGUGAGCUGCAAACACGAGUCGGACAAAGUGAUUGCGUUUGAACGUGGCUCCCUGUUGUUUGUUUUCAACUUCCAUCCGACACAAAGUCUUGUCGACUACCGCAUUGGGUCGCCUCGCCCCGGCCGGUACCUGGUUGCUCUGAACAGCGACGACAGCACAUUCGGUGGAUUCCAGCGCAUUGAUUCUUCCAAGGCCGAGUAUUUCACUGCACCAGUUCCCUGGCACGAGCGUCCCCACUCUCUUACCAUUUACUUGCCAGCGCGCACCUGUCUCGUGCUUCGUUGUGCGGAUGAGAACUAGGCGGCACAGUUCUCCACGAAGUCGACGCCCAAUUUUCACUGGACGAGUAUUCCCUCUGCAGUGCAAUCAAAUUCAAAGUUUAAUAAUUAAAAAAAAAUAACAUCCAAGUGGGGGUGGUGAUUUUUGGUGAUUUUAAAAAAAGAAUAGUACGUGAAAAUAAAAUGACCGACCACCCAAA